ACCCUCCAUAUUACCCACCUCUUCUUUCCAGACAUCCCACAGCUCAUACAAUUUGGGCUCUGGGUUUUCCGAUUCCCCACCAAAUCCUCCCGGAACUACCUAAAAACCCCCGAGUGGAAGCUAUCGAUUCGAAGAUUCGGACUGGUGGGUUGUAAUCGUUCGAUGAAGCGAGCAUCAUCGGGGGACGAUUCGAUGGCGGCGGCGGAGAGCUUGGCGGAUGUAAAGAUGAAGAGGGUUAAGAUGGAGGAGGAGGAGGUGGAGGUGGCUGACUGCGUUGACCAGGAUGAGCUGAAAGGGGCGGGGUUUUCGAAUCUGGACGACAAUCUGAUCUUCGAGGUGUUCAAGCACGUGGAUGCGCGGACGUUGGGGAUGGCGUCGUGCGUGAGCAAGCAGUGGCACAAGACGGCGGAGGAUGAGCGGCUCUGGGAGCUGAUAUGCACCAGGCACUGGGCCAACACCGGCUGCAGCAGCGAGCAGCUGAGAUCUGUGGUCCUCGCUCUCGGCGGGUUCCGGCGGCUUCACGCCCACUACAUCUGGCGUCUCAGCAAGGCCUCCUCCUCCUCCUCCAGCUCCGUCCCUUCUUUCUCAUCGGCGGCGUCCUCCUCUGAUUCGCCUUGGGCGGCGGCUCCGGUGAAGCCGAUGCUGAACCCGAAGCCGCCGAGCGCUCGGUGGGGAAAGGACGAGGUGAAUCUGUCGCUCUCGCUUUUCUCGAUUCGGUUUUACGAGAAGAUGAACUACGCAAACAGAGGAAGAUGAUCAGAAACUAAACCCCAAAAUAAAAUUAUAUAUUUAUAUAUUUCGUAAUUUCAGUUGGAUUUUCCCUCUUUAGAUUUGGGUUUUCCCCUCUAAAUUUCCCUAAUUUGGAUCUGUAAUUCUUGUUAGAUCUUGAAGCUUUUUGUGUAAAUUAAGGUAAUUUCUGAAUCAUUAUGCACUGUAAUUCCAUAAUUUGAUGUAUUGGAAUUUGGGUUUGCUUCA